AUGGCUUUGAACAGCCAAGCUAUCACCCUAGAGGAGCAUGUCAUUUUCCCUUCGUUCGGCGAUGACUACCCAUUUUACAAGAACAUAUGGGAGAUCCAUCCCGAUCAACAGGCAAGAGCAUGGGACCUUGGCUCUCUACGUCUUUCCGAUAUGAAAGCCGGCGGGAUUGCUUUCCAAAUUCUAUCUCACCUCCCCGGAGUAGCCACGAACCGGCCAGAUUUGUGCCGACGCGCGAAUGAUGAGAUGGCAAAGGCCAUUCGCCAGACUCCUGAUCGUUUCGCCGGCUUUGCUGCCCUCCCGAUGGGCUUUCCCGACGAUGCUGUCACGGAACUCCGACGUGCCGUCAAUGAUUUGGGGUUUGUGGGCGCGAUGGUCGACAAUCACCUGGAAGACAUGACGCACUAUGACGAUAGUCGUUUCUGGCCCAUUUUCGGAGCCGCGGAAGAGCUGGGCGUCCCAAUUUACCUUCAUCCUUCACCUCCAACUCCCGAAGUGUUCAAAUCGCGUUAUCGCGGUAAUUACUCCACCAUGGCGGAAAUAGGUCUCGGCACGGCUUCAUGGGGCUGGCAUGAAGACGUGGGCUUGCAUAUUCUGAAGCUCUACCUUGCUGGGGUGUUCGAAAGAUUUCCUAAGCUAAAGAUCAUCAUCGGCCACAUGGGAGAGCUUUUGCCCAUGAUGCUUUCCCGAGUUGAGAGUAUGCCAGCUUUCCAAGCCAUGGCCGACAAGGGAUCGAAGUCCAUCAAGGAUGUGUGGCAUGACAACAUAUGGAUCACGACGAGCGGCAUUUUCUGUGUCGACACAUUCAAAAUGCUGAGGCAGGUGACGGGGAUAGAACAUAUCCUGUUCAGUGUCGAUUAUCCGUUCGAAUCCAGCAGUAGCAGCAAAAGAUUUCUCACCGAACUUCUCACAACGAACACUUUGACAGAGGAUGAGGUGGAUAUGAUAUCGCGAACGAAUGCUAUACGUCUCUUGGGUUUGCCGGAGUCAGCCGGUAUUGAUCAGCAGGACUAG